AUGUCACACCUGCUCUCGCCCAGGCCUCUCACCAUCGAUGAACGAGUGAAGAAUAUCCUCUCCACUACACCGUUGAUAGACGGUCACAAUGAUAUGCCCAUCAUGAUUCGCUGGUUGUACAAUAACCACAUCAACAAUGAGACCUUCCAAGUCCCCUUUGAGACUGGCAAGACCCCAGGACAUGUUGAUCUUACUCGUCUCCGCGAGGGCAUGAACGGCGGGGCCUUCUGGAGUCUAUUCUGGCUGUGUCCAGAUAACAUGACCAACUUUGACGACGAGAUCUACGCCCCAAUCGUUCAGGCUACCUACCAACAAAUCGACCUCAUGACCCGCCUGCAGGCGCUCUACCCGACCCAGUUCUCACCCAAGGUCAACUCCAGCACCGCCCUGGCCGCCUUCCAGCAGGGCCAGCUCAUCUCGCCCUUUGGCAUCGAGGGCCUGCACCAGAUCGGGAACAGCGCCGCGAACCUCAGGCGGUUUUAUGACAUGGGCGUGCGCUAUGCCACGCUGACCCACAACUGCCCCAAUCGUUUUGCCGAUGCCGCCAUCUGGUCGAACCCGACGCGCAAGGCGCCUGACGGCGGGCUCUGGGGCGGCGUGAGCGAUGAGGGCAAGGCGCUGGUGCACGAGAUGAACCGCAUCGGCAUGAUCGUCGACCUAUCGCACACCAGCGUUGACACGCAGGUGCAUGUGCUCGGCGGCGGCAGCGACGGCUGGGGCGGCAGCCUGGCCCCCAUCAUAUACAGCCACAGCUCCGCGCACAGCGUCUGCCCACACCCGCGAAACGUCCACGACCACGUUCUCCAGCUGGUCAAGCAGCGGAACAGCAUCGUGAUGGUCAACUUCUCGCCCGACUUCGUCUCGUGCGUCGAGGCGGACAACGAGAACGGUCUCCCCGACUUUUAUCCGCCCAACUCGACGCUGGAGCACGUUGUGCGGCACAUCACGUACAUAGGUGACCUGAUUGGCUACGAGCAUGUUGGUCUCGGUAGCGACUUCGAUGGGAUCCCGAGCACCCCUGAGGGGCUGGACGAUGUCUCCAAGUAUCCUGAUCUCGUGGCGGAGCUGCUGCGGCAGGGCGUGAGCGAUGAUGAUGCUGCCAAGGUUGUUGGUGGCAAUCUGCUGCGCGUGUGGAAGGAUAUUGAUGCCGUUGCUCUGGACCUGCAGUCCAAAGGUACGCCGGCCUUGGAAGAUGAUCUGGAGCCGUUGAAAGUCGCGUCUAUGUCCUAUUCUGAAUUGAUGGGGUCGUCCUAA